AUGGGAGGAACUCAAAGUUCACAGUCUGGAAAAGGAUAUCAUGUAUUGAGGGUAUAUGACGGCUCCCCGGCUCAUGAGGCAGGGAUAGAGCCGUUUUUCGACUAUGUUGUUGGGAUAAACGGUUUUCCUUUGGACAAUCCAGAAAGUAAGACAUUGCAAGAGCAACUACAGGAUAACAUAAACAAUGAAGUCAUAUUGUCAAUAUAUUCAACGAAAGAACAAGAACUAAGAGAGGUGACUCUCAUACCCAACACAGAUUGGACAACAAAACCAGAGGAUGGCUUAAUCGGAUUGAGCAUUCGAUUCUGUUCUUACGAGGCUAUCAACGAACAUGUUUGGCAUAUCCUCGAUGUCGCUCCAGAUAGCCCGGCUGAAAUGGCCGGAUUGGUCCCAUACACCGAUUACAUAAUUGGCACUCCGCAUGUCACUCUUCGUGGUGAAAGUGAUCUCGACUCUCUUAUCGAGUCACGUCUCGGUCGCCCUCUCCAUCUGUACGUUUACAAUGCUGACAGGGAUGUAUGUCGAGAAGUCAUAAUCGUGCCGAAUCAUGAGUGGGGUGGAGAGGGUUCGCUCGGAUGUGGGGUCGGAUAUGGAUAUCUCCAUAGAAUCCCUAAAGUCAAGAAGAGAAGAGGGAGCGGAGAUCUAAAUAAUAAAGUAGCAAACGAGGUGAGGGACGCCGUAGAUCAGAAGGACGACGAGGUCAGCGCAAAAAACGGUGGCAAGGGCAAGGAGAGGCAAGAUGGAAAUGAAACAAUAAACGAGAAGAGUCAUGAAGUCGCAUAUCAAUCUCCACCAACAAUAGUUGAAACACUGGUUGACGUGGAUGAAGAGACGACUGGAAAUGAAAUGCCAAUACAUGUUGAUUCAGAGAAGCCGCCAAGUGGAGAAUUACAAACUGAUAUCACUGCUACAGAAUAA